UAAGUACUCAGAGAGGGCAAAUAUAAGUGAACUUUUCUAAAGCCUGCUUUCACCUGUGUUGCAGGAACCGCUCCAACCAUGUCAGCUGCAAAGACCUUGCCUGCACCCCUCAGUGAUCUGAAGAUUCAAUAUACUAAGAUAUUUAUAAACAAUGAAUGGCACAAUUCAGCCAGUGGCAAAAAAUUUCCUGUCUAUAAUCCUGCAACAGGAGAGAAAAUUUGUGAGGUGGAAGAAGGAGAUAAGGAAGACGUUGACAAAGCUGUUAAAGCAGCAAGGAAAGCAUUUGAGUUUGGAUCCUCCUGGAGGACAGCAGAUGCUUCAGAAAGGGGCAGACUGUUGAGCAAACUAGCAGAUUUAAUUGAAAGAGACUCUCUACUCUUGGCUACAAUGGAGAGUCUUAAUGGGGGAAAGGUUUUUUCACACGCCUACCUAAUGGACUUGGGUGGUUGUAUCAACACUUUGCGUUACUUUGCUGGCUGGGCUGAUAAAAUCCAAGGACGUACCAUCCCCAUGGAUGGAAACUAUUUCACAUUCACUAGACAUGAACCUGUUGGAGUCUGCGGACAAAUCAUUCCUUGGAACUUCCCACUGGUUAUGUUCAUUUGGAAGAUUGCCCCGGCCCUUUGUUGCGGAAACACGGUAGUCGUCAAGCCAGCCGAGCAAACUCCACUGACUGCUCUUCACAUGGGCGCUUUAAUUAAAGAGGCAGGAUUUCCACCAGGAGUGGUAAAUAUUGUGCCAGGUUAUGGCCCUACUGCUGGAGCAGCCAUUUCCAAUCACAUGGAUGUAGAUAAAGUGUCCUUCACAGGCUCAACUGAGGUAGGUCAAAUGAUCAAAGAAGCUGCUGGGAAGAGCAAUCUGAAAAGGGUCACUCUGGAACUUGGCGGGAAAAGCCCCAAUAUCAUUUUUGCAGAUGCUGACUUGGAUAGUGCUGUGGAAUUUGCGCACAUUGGUGUGUUCUACCAUCAGGGGCAGUGCUGCAUAGCUGGAUCUAGGAUUUUCGUGGAAGAGAAGAUCUACGACGAAUUUGUGCGUAGGAGUGUGGAAAGAGCCAAGAAAAACAUCCUAGGAAAUCCUCUGUCUCCUGGAGUAAGUCAAGGUCCUCAGAUUGAUAAGGAGCAGUAUGAUAAAAUACUUGGACUAAUUGAGAGUGGGAAAAAAGAAGGCGCCAAGCUGGAAUGUGGAGGAGGCCCCGGAGGAGACAAAGGCUUCUUCAUUCAGCCGACUGUUUUCUCUGAUGUUACCGAUGACAUGCGCAUCGCCAAAGAGGAGAUAUUUGGGCCGGUCCAGCAAAUCAUGAAAUUCAAAACUAUUGAGGAAGUUAUCAAGAGAGCGAACAAUACUCGCUAUGGUCUAGCAGCUGCAGUAUUCACCAAAGACAUUGAUAAAGCACUGACAUUUGCAGCUGCACUUCAGGCUGGAACUGUCUGGGUUAACUGCUAUAGUGCAGUGUCUGCUCAAAGUCCUUUUGGGGGAUUCAAAAUGUCAGGAAAUGGACGCGAGCUGGGUGAAUAUGGCCUUCACGAAUAUACAGAAGUCAAGACAGUCACAAUCAAAAUUCCACAGAAGAAUUCAUAAUGGCGCCACAGAGCUACGUUGGCUACUUGGUCAAACUGCAAAAGCCAGUUGUGUUGUGAAACGCUUUGUAGCAGAUUGUAUUCCCUGUUUAAUUUUGAUUUCGUUUUUAGUUACCUUUAACAGUUAUGAACAGUAAUUUUAAAAUUUUGAAAUGGUUUCAGUUAUGGGGGAAAGGGGGGGGAUCAUAAUGCUGAAUCAAAUUAACAAUUUAUGAACUUUAUUCACAUUUUAUUUGCCAGUUUAAAUAGAUUUGUAGUGCUGUGCAAAAUAAAUGGUUAAAAUAUACAUUUACAAAAAUUGCUCACUUGUAUUCUAGAGGUGUUAAUUUCCUGUUCUUUUGUAUGAGCUUGGCAAAAGCACUUAUAUAUGACUAUCAAAUAAACAGUUUGCUUUUGCUAAUGGUUA